CCGUAGUAGUACUUGCGGAAGAGGAGCAGGAAGAUGGCGGCUGAAUCGAACGAGUCUGAAAUCGAAAUAGGCUUAUCACACGCGUCUGAAGAUGGGCACUCGGGCCCAGCAGUAAUGGACAGCCCCCGGAGGAGCCGCAGCAGGAGCCUGUCAGAGGAUGGAGAGAGUGAUGAUGGAGCCGAGACCAGGGGGAGGGGGCGGCGGAGGGCAGAGCGGUACCCCAGCCCUGUGAGGAAGCCUGAAGCCGAGCAGGAGAGAGCCGACAGCAGCCCUGAAGAAGCCUCCCCCAAGGGCGGUGGCCCAGAGGACCAGAGGGGCUCCCCCCGCGACAACGACGCCAGGAAGAGCGGCUCCGACAGCGACUCGGGAAGCGACGAGAGCAGCGACGAGGACAGCGACGGGGCUGCGGCGCCAAAGAUCAGGAGCAGCAUCGCACACGUCCGGAGGGGUUCGUAUGAUGAGAGGAAGAAGCGACAGAGUUCAUCUCCAGAGAACAACGAAUCGAGACGGUCCCGCUCCAGAUCCGGAUCUCGAUCGCGGUCUCCUCGAGGCCGCUAUGAGCGAUCACGCAGGUCCAGAGAUCGAGACCGAGACCGCUACUACGAUCGAGAGCGCUACGAGCGGCGGACCAGCAGGGAUCGGGAGCGCGAGCGGCGCUCCAGCCGCGACCGUGACCUGGAGUACAGGAGGAGAGGCCGCUCGCCGUCCCCGUCGCAGAAUGACAAGCCCAACGCGGAGGAGCCCCCGGUCAAGAAGAAGAAGGAGGAGCUGGACCCCAUCCUGACCCGGACAGGAGGGGCCUACAUCCCCCCGGCCAAGCUGCGCAUGAUGCAGGCCCAGAUCACUGACAAGAGCAGCCUCGCGUACCAGAGGAUGAGCUGGGAGGCCCUGAAGAAGUCCAUCAACGGUCUCGUCAACAAAAUCAACGUGUCCAACAUCGGCAACAUCAUCCAGGAGCUGCUGCAGGAAAACAUUGUCAGGGGCCGGGGUCUCAUGGCUAGAUCCAUUCUCCAGGCUCAGGGCGCCUCCCCCAUCUUCACCCACGUCUACGGCGCUCUUGUGUCCAUUAUCAACUCCAAGUUCCCCCAGAUUGGAGAACUCAUUCUGAAGAGGCUCAUCCUGAACUUCAGGAAAGGCUACCGCAGGAACGAUAAGAUGCAGUGUAUGACGUCCUCAAAGUUUGUGGCACAUCUGAUCAAUCAGAAUGUGGCCCACGAGGUGCUGUGUCUGGAGAUGCUGACCCUGCUGCUGGAGCGGCCCACUGACGACAGCGUGGAGGUGGCCAUCGGCUUCCUCAAGGAGUGCGGCCUCAAACUCACCGAGGUCUCGCCCCGAGGCAUUAACGCUAUAUUUGAACGCUUGAGAAACAUCCUCCACGAGUCGGAGAUUGACAAACGCGUGCAGUACAUGAUUGAGGUGAUGUUCGCCAUCCGCAAGGACGGCUUCAAGGACCACCCCAUCAUCCCCGACGGCCUGGACCUCGUGGAGGAGGAGGACCAGUUCACACACAUGCUGCCCUUGGAAGAUGAUUACAACACCGAGGACAUCCUGAAUGUCUUCAAGAUGGACCCGGACUUCUUGGAGAAUGAAGAGAAGUACAAAGCGAUUAAGCGGGAGAUUCUGGAUGAAGGCAGCAGCGGCUCGGAGGACGACGGAGAGGGGGGAAGCGAUGACGACGACGACGACCAGGAUGAGGAUGAGGAGGCAGAAGCUGGCGAGGAGGGGGAGAAAGUGACUAUUUUCGACCAGACAGAAGUGAACCUGGUCGCAUUUCGCCGCACCAUCUAUCUCGCCAUCCAGUCAAGCUUGGACUUUGAAGAGUGUGCCCACAAGUUGAUAAAGAUGGACUUCCCUGACAGCCAAACGAAAGAGCUGUGCAACAUGAUCCUGGACUGCUGUGCGCAGCAGCGCACCUACGAGAAGUUCUUCGGGCUCCUUGCCGGGCGCUUCUGUUUGCUGAAGAAGGACUACAUGGAGAGCUUUGAGGGCAUCUUCCAGGAGCAGUACGAAAGCAUCCAUCGCCUGGAGACCAACAAGCUGCGCAACGUGGCCCGGAUGUUUGCGCACCUUCUGUACACCGACUCCGUCCCGUGGAGCGUUAUGGAGUGCAUCAAGAUGAGCGAGGAGACCACAACGUCGUCCAGUCGUAUCUUUGUCAAGAUUUUGUUCCAGGAACUCUGCGCCUACAUGGGCCUGCCGAGGCUCAACGAGCGACUGAAGGAUCCGACCUUGCAGGUGUUCUUUGAGGGCCUCUUUCCUCGUGACAACCCCAGGAACACUCGUUUCGCCAUCAAUUUCUUCACCUCGAUCGGUCUGGGAGGGCUAACGGACGAACUCCGAGAACACCUGAAGAACGCCCCCAAGAUGAUCAUGACUCAGCAGCAGGAAGUGGAGUCGUCAGACACCGACUCGUCUUCGUCGUCCUCCUCGUCAGACAGCAGCGACAGCAGCUCCAGCGAUUCCAGCGACUCGGACUCGAGCAGCAGCAGUAGCAGCUCAGAUUCCGACUCCAGGAAGAAGAAGAAGAAGAGCCAGAGUCGGAAGAAGGACAAAGGGAAGGACAAGAAGAAAAAGAAGAAGAAGGGAUCCAGCAAGCCCGCCGGCCGCCAGCCGCGCUCUCCCGAGGAGAAGGAGCCGCGCGCCAAGCAGAAGCAGAAGGAGAAGCGCGGGGGCAGCAGCGACGGUCGCAGGCGCUCACCGUCACCCGACGUGCCCCGCAAGGCCCCUCCACCGCGCCACCGGGCCCGUCGCGACGAAGAGGAGUCGUCACCGCCUCCGCCGCCGCCGGCACAGGCACAUCCCCGAGGCCGCCGCGUCGAGGAGGAUUCCUCGCCGCCGCCGCCCACGCGUCACCGAGGCCGACGCGCCGAGGAGGCAUCUCCCCCGCCGCCCACGCGCCACCGAGGCCGCCGCGAGGAGGAGUCCUCUCCGCCGCCACCGCCCGCUGCCGUGCCCACGCGCCACCGCGAGCGGGAGGAGCAGGAGCGCGAGCGCGAACGCCCGGGGCACAGGGACCAGCACGGCCACCGGGGCGGGAGGGAGCACGACGAGGAGAGGCAGCGUCCUCCGCCGCUGCAGGAACAACGCCGCCACAAGGACGGCAUGAAGAACGGCUCGCAGGCGACGGAACGCGGCAGAGACGGGGACCAGGAGCGCGAGCGGGAGCGCGAGCGGCGGCGAAGCAGGGAGAGGGAGCCCGUGCGGCGCGGCGGCAGCCGCGAGAGGUCCAAGUCGAGGGAGCGCGAGCGCAGUCGGAAGGAGACCAACGAGCCCAAAGACAGCAGCCGGAACGGCCUGGAGAGGUCGUACAAAGAGAACAGGUACGCGGACCGCCCCCGCGACUCGGGGAGGAGAGAGGAGCGGAGCAGGGAGGAGUCGCCGAGGAGACGGAGAUAGUGCCUCCAGGGGGCUGAGAAGAGGGCAGCCGAGGGCCGACGAGACGUCUCCCCCCGAGCAACACCAGCUCUGGACUUUCUGUUCCUCCCACUCUGUCACUGGGCGCCUCAGAAGAUUUUUCUUUCUUUUUUUUUUUUGUCGUUUUUCUUUUUUUUUUUUGAACAGCCCUUUAUAUUGCCAUCGUGCAAAGCCCUGUGAAGUAAUCCUCAAAAGAACUGCCCUGUUGAGAGCGUGGUGACAGCCUUGUGCAGGACAGUGGUGUGGCACAGGGUUUGGCAGAAGCCCGAGGCACAGAAUUCCCCCCCCCCCCCAGGACCGGAAGAUGGCUUUCCAGAGCCAUGUCUAACGCGUUUGUAUUGGGUUUGGGUUUUUGUUUUCCCCUCAUGCAUUUGAACCGAGUAAACAUGGUUAAUUACUCAGCGAUGUGUGGGAUGUCGCUGGCAAGUGAUGCUGCCAGUAGGUGGUUUUUAAAUGUCAUAUAGAUCUUUGGGAAUUCCAGAUGAGGUUAUUAAUAUACUGUGGCAAACAGUUGGGCCAUUAAAAUUUCACCAUUAUCAUUUUGUUCUUUUUUUUCUCCUUCAUUCGCCGUCGAUGUACUGAUAUUGACAUGUUUUGCUGCAGAAAUGUGAAAUAGCAAUUUGUAUCAGUGUCAGAGAAGAACCUAUUGUGCCACAGUGACGCAGUAAGAAAAAAAAAAUGUUAAUAGUGUAUAGAGUUUUUUUGCAUUUUCUCAGAGUAACAUCAAUGUCUUUGUAAUGUCUUGUCCUUGGAUUUAAAUAAAAAUGGUCUAUCAUUUUUA